AGUCAACAAACAGCAUCUCCGCAUCCCAAUCGCACAAUGGCGUCCGAAACACCUCAGAAAAUUGCCAUUCUGUCGGUCUACGACAAGACCGGCUUGCUGGAUCUCGCCAAAGGUCUUGUCAAGCAGAACAUCCGCCUGCUGGCCUCAGGCGGCACCGCAAAGCUGAUUCGCGAGGGAGGCUUCCCUGUCGAAGAUGUCUCAGCAAUCACAAAGGCACCUGAGAUGCUCUCGGGGAGAGUCAAGACCCUUCACCCAGCGGUGCACGCCGGUAUCUUGGCUCGCGAUCUUGCCUCGGACGAGAAGGAUCUCGCAGAGCAGAACAUCAACAAAGUCGAUUAUGUGAUUUGCAACUUGUACCCUUUCAAGGAUACUGUGGCAAAGAUCAACGUAACCAUUCCGGAGGCAGUCGAGGAGAUCGAUAUCGGCGGCGUCACGCUCAUCCGAGCAGCUGCAAAGAACCACGGCAGGGUUACCAUUCUCAGCGACCCCGCCGACUACCAUGACUUCCUCCAGGAGCUCGCGAGCGGAGAGGUGACCGAGAAGUCGCGCCAGCUUUACGCUCUCAAGGCGUUCAACCACACUGCGGACUACGAUACCGCCAUCUCCGAUUUCUUCCGCAAGAAGUACGCCGGAGAAGGUCAUCAACAACUCACUCUUCGUUAUGGCACGAACCCACACCAGAAGCCUGCGUCUGCAUUCACGACAGAGUCACCUUUGCCUUUCAAGGUGCUCUCUGGCUCACCUGGUUACAUCAACCUCCUUGAUGCACUCAACGCCUGGCCACUUGUCAAGGAGCUCGAUGAGGCACUCGGCUACCCUGCAGCUGCUUCUUUCAAGCACGUCUCUCCCGCUGGUGCAGCCAUUGGUGUUCCCCUCAGCGAUGUAGAGAAGAAGGUCUACAUGGUUGAAGACAUCGAAGGCCUUGACGCAUCUGGGCUCGCACAAGCUUACGCUCGUGCUCGUGGAGCAGACCGUAUGUCGAGCUUCGGCGAUGUGAUUGCCUUGUCACGAGAGGUCGAUGUGCCUACAGCCAAGAUCAUUGGGAAGGAAGUCAGCGACGGCGUUAUCGCACCAGGCUACCAACCCGAAGCUCUGGAAAUCUUGAGCAAGAAGAAGGGCGGCAAGUACCUUGUUCUCCAGAUGGAUCGCACAUACGUUCCACCACCACACGAGCAGCGCACACUGUAUGGCGUGAACCUCACGCAGCACCGCAACGACGCUCUCAUUUCGCCGCAGAACACUUUCAACAACAUCAUUGUGCCUAAAGACUCGAAAGCUCUUCCAGAAUCAGCGCUGCGCGACCUCACAGUGGCAACUAUUGCAUUGAAGUUCACGCAGUCCAACUCGGUCUGCUACGCAUUGAAUGGCCAGGUUAUCGGUCUCGGUGCUGGACAACAAUCACGCAUCCACUGCACACGUCUAGCCGGUGACAAGGCCGACAACUGGUGGAUGCGCUUCCACGAGCGCGUUCUCGCAAUCAAGUGGAAGAAGGGCACCAAGCGUGCUGACAAGUCCAAUGCCAUCGACUUGUUGACCUCAGGCAUCGUGCCAGACAGCGGCAUCGAGAGGCAAGAAUGGGAGAAGAACUUUGAGGAGGUCCCAACUCCAUUCACGCUGGAAGAGCGAAAGUCAUGGCUGAGCAAGCUUAGCGAAGUCGCUGUCAGCAGUGAUGCUUUCUUCCCAUUCACAGACAAUGUCUUCCGCGUGGCCCGCAGUGGUGUCAAGUACAUCGCAGCCCCAACGGGUAGCCAAAACGACCAGGCUUGCUUUGCGACUGCCGAGCAAUUGGACAUCACCUUUGUCGAGCAGCAUGUCAGACUGUUCCACCACUAGAAGGUGUCAGGGAUACUGAAUAGAUGAUGAAGGACACGUGGAACUUGAACAUGAGUGUUUAUAGCAAGACAUGCUUUGAGAUACCAACUUUGAGUGCAUUCGAUAGAUGAGGUAAACGAAAAGUCGCUCGAUAGUCGCAUUGAAGUUCACUCGCUGCUGC